UGGAAGAGCACAAAACGGCUCGCAUGCUAAGAAAGCCCUUAAGCCUGUUGCUGCUGCCAGGAGAUCCAGGCAAAAUAAACAUAAAACAUCGCAACACAGGAGGUCUAAGUAUUCCAACAAGAAACGGGGUACCUCUGGUCAUCGCAGAACCAGUUCAAAGAUCAUGGAGAAGAAGAAGACAAGUCUUCGACUGUCAACUGGGGCAAAGUCGAAGGAAUUUGUCAGAACAAGAAUUCAUGAAGAACUUAGAGCAAUGGCGCCUGCUCUGGCCCUGGCUCCAGCUCCGGCUUCAGCUCCAGCUCUAACUGCAGCUCCACCUCCACCUCCACCUCCGGCGGCUUCAGCUUCGGCUCCAGCUCCUGCUCCAGUUCGGGGUUCCAGCUGCAACUCAGGCUCCAGUUCGGGCUCCAGCUGCAACUCAGGCUCCAGCUCCAGCUUCAGCUCGCUCUGGCUUCAGAAGAUCCACCUUCCCCUGAAAGCACCCCAGGACCGUGAUGACUACCUGGCCAGCUCCUAGGCCCCAACUGGGUCCAAAGACCUAUGAAACAUCAGUGAAUGGGUCUAGGAGCUGGGACACGGUCAGGCUGCCAAUGGCAAACUUUGCCACAUAAAGUUGUAUGAUGCUGAUAAUAAAAUCAAUCACAUGAG